AUGACUGCUGACUCGUAUUAUAAUGAAAAUACUUUCCAGCCCUCCUAUGAUCUGGAUGCCUCAGACCAAUAUUCGCAAUAUGCCCCCACUCCAGGAUACCCCGGUCGUACACCUAUGUCAAGAUAUGAGCUUAGCCCUUCGCCCGGCUACACCCAGAACGAUCUCGGAGAGUUGUGCCAAUACCACCCGAAAAAUCCUAGAAUACUCCAGCUCUCCGAGUGGGACGAUGAAAUUCCAAGUGGCGAGCUCCCAGCAAGCUACAUCCGGUACACGAUAGAGUGGAAGGUCAUGGUGAAUAAGCGCAUUAUAUCUCAGAACACGGAGGAGGAUAUAGCCCUGACUCCAAGUGCUUACUGGUCUACGACCCUGAGGCGUAAGUUAGAAAAGUUGCUAGAAGGGAAAGCCUUUCGUAAAGGUAGGGUAAGGUCGGAUGACACAUCCAUUGUUGUGUCAGUAAAUAAUCUCUUCCAACGCAACCUGACGAGGCGAUUCGAUAAUCUCGACAUCGAUUGGGCGGGUGUGGAAAACAAGUUGCUUAUGUUGGCCGAGCUGUUUCGUCGAGGUAAGAAACUGAGGCUAAGUAUUACCUUCAAAUAUGUUGAGGACGAUCACUGUACCAUGCACGUGACUUGA